AUGGAAUAUUUAACUGCGUUUGCAAGAGUGUUAUCAAUCAUCAUUGAAUCAAGAUCGUCUUUCUUAAUAAUGCUCAUUCUGAUUUUUAUUCAUAUUCGUCCGUUGAAAUCCAAUCUUUUCACGCUCUUAAUCUAUAAUACAUACGUUACGUUACUUACGUUUUCAAUCAUGAUGCUUAUUAUGUACGCAUACAAUUUGCAAGGCAAUCUCGAUCCAUCCAUAUCGUUUGGUGGUCGCUGGUGCCAAAUACGUACUUAUCUUGCUCAUGUGUGCCUUUGUGCACUGUAUUAUUCCUUCGUCUUACAAGCAAUCUUUCGAUUAUUUAGAAUUAAGUUCUAUCGAUAUAGAGUUUUGCAAUCAUUCGGUGUGUUUUGCAUAGCUGUGUUCCUGCAGUGGAUGAUCUCGUUUCUUUGGAUUCUUCCAAAUCUUUUACUAGGUGAUUUUCAGUAUCUUUCAAUGGAAUACAAUUGUUGGAUCAGUUUUGAGGAUGUUCGCGGACUUUUGAUUCUAAUUGCCAUCAUCUACGGUGUUUCAACAUCAACGAUUUCGUCAAUAUACAUGUAUAUUAUCCGAUAUGUUCACCGUACGAGUAACGUGCAACAGCACCAAAGACGGCAGAGUUCAGAUAAACGUGAUUUACUGAUUUUGAAACGGUUGGUUAUUCUCGUUACUGUUGUUGUCACACUUGGUUUCCCGACUGUUUUGGUUAUUUUUAUAUAUGUUUUUACUGGUUACGUCCUGCCAUUAGCUUAUCAUAUUCAAGGCGUGAGUUUAUCCGCUGGUGCCUUUGUUACAUCGAUUUCUUUGAUAUUCAUUACGCCACAAUUGCUGGAAAUCUUCCAGCAGAAAUCACGACAGAUUCAAUCAACGAUGACAAUGGCGAUCAUUGUCAAUCGACCAUGUACAAUUCAACCUAUGUAA